UCAAAAUAACAUUAAGUGUAUGUGUGUGAGAAAUUGCACGCCUGUUUUCGUUUAUUUACCUGAAACGAAAUUAUUGUGAAAUUUAGUAGUAAAAUUAAUUAAAUUAAUCCAAAGAAUAUAAAAAAAUACAACAUGAAAUUACAAAUAAAAACCUUAAACCAAAAAUCUCUAGUAGUGGAUAUAGAGGAAACAAAAACAGUUUAUGAACUGAAAAAGGAAUUGUCACUGUAUCCAGAUAUUGGUGUCCGGCCAGAAUUGCAAAAACUAAUCUAUGCCGGUAAAAUACUGGUCAAUGACGAUAAACUAAGUACGUAUAACAUAGAUGUAAAGAAAUUUCUGGUAAUUAUGAUUCUAAAGCAGCCGGUGGAAGAGCCACCAAAAGCCGAACAACAAGCUGUUAAAGAAGAGACAGUUAAAGAUAUAGCAGCAGAUAAAGUUAAAGAGCAAGAAAAAACUGAAAGUAAAAACAAUGAAACUACUACUACCUCGCCGGCGACACCAGUAGCAGAAGCUGAAUUCAAAACCCCUACAGCUCCAACGGGGGAUAGUAAAAAAGAUGAAUUAGUGGCCCAGAUUAUGGGCAUGGGCUAUCCCGAAGCGGAUGUAAGAAGAGCUUUAGCCGCCAGUUUUUAUAACCCCGAUCGUGCGGUAGAAUAUCUUAUCGAAGGCAUUCCCACCUCACCCUCUACACCAGAAGGUGAAAGUUAUUCUGAUACGGAUGCUGACUUAUCAAUGACACCCUUUGAAGUGUUUCGUGGUGAUCCCACAUUUCAAACUCUACGCCAAGCCUUGCAACAACAUCCAGAACUGUUAGAUGCUGCCAUACAACGUGUUGGGGAAACAAAUCCCGAGCUAUUAAAUUUAAUUAGUGAAAAUCAACAAGAAUUUCUUAGUAUGUUGGUUGAUGGUUCCGAUGAUGAGGAAUACGAUGAUGAUGAUUUGGACGACGAUGAAGAUGAGUAGUGUGUAAAUUGUCUAGAGGUAGAGAGGAGACUGUUAGUUGUGGUAUUUCAAAGAAAUACCAACAAUAAAACAACUUGAUGUACACCAUGAAGUCAGAGGUGUAAAGGAAUUGUUUAAAUUUAAAAAAAAAAAAAUAAAUAGUUCAUUUGUUAUUUUUAUUAACAAGUUAUAGAAGCCAUGAAUUUAUAUGUUUCUUUUUUUUGUAAAAAUCGAAUAAAUUAUUAAUAAAAAAAUAAAAAA